UAGGCCGACAGCUUAAAUUUCUCCUAUUGGAAACAUUUCUAUAGUCACACGACUUCCGUUGUAUCGGAGACUUGAGUAUUCUUGCAAGCGCUGGUGAUUUCUAGAGCUUCAUGGGCUCGGCUUUGUGGCCGCAUGAAUGGCAAGAUGACCUGCGUGAGCCACUGUUUACGUUUCAGUAUGAGAGAACCGAAUAUGGGUUCUUCUUUUUCAAUGUCCUUAUGUGGAUCGAAAUCCUGACAUUCCUUGUUAUUGAAGCGUGCUGUGCUGGGCUCCUAGCAGUCGCUAUUUACUAUUCCGUACUGCGCCACCAGAGAUCAACCUUGGCUUAUGUGAUAUCUUUUGGAGCCUUUCUCCCGUUGUGUGUAUUGACCCCUUCACCUCUCCUGGAUCGCGCUGGAGUUGAGAAUAUUUUUAUGCGAUUUUGUCUCGGAGGUAUCGUGCCGACAACCUCAAUCUUUCGCAUCACUGAGGCUGCAUUUGGAUUUACACCAUACUGGGCCAAGCAGUCACUGGGCCAGUUUGCCUUGUACUUGAGUUCUCCGAUCUUGCUGCAACGCGAUCCUAAGUUGGAUAAAUUCUCGCCUUGUUCUCUUUCCUAUCUUGGCAAACGUCUGAUUAAGUUCCUGACUCUCCUAUUUGUGACCGGGCUGUAUCAGUCUCUUUUCUUCUUGCUACCAAGAGUGUUUCCGAAAAUUGGAAGCCCAGAGGGAGAGACUGACAGUGAGUAUGCCUACUAUUCACUCGCAGAAGCUAAAUCACCUACUCGAUGGUCCAAGAGUCUGUACUUUGGGAUUCUUUUUCAGCUUUAUCUUUCAGUGUAUGGUGAAGGUCUCAUGCUUUUUACAUCCCUGGGUUCGGGUAAGCAGACACAGCCUGUUAUGGAAAAUCCGAUGUUUGAAUCCACAAGUGCAUCCGACUUCUGGGGUCGACGCUGGAACUUGAUCGUGCACAACUGCCUUAAAAGCGGUGUGUUCAAGCCAGUGCGUUACCUCGGAGGUGGAAAAGGUAUUGCAGUGCUAGCAUCGUUCAUGGCCAGCGGAUUGUUUCAUGAGUGGAUUCUGCAAACAAUUUCCGGAGAUGAGCGAGUAACUCCCUGGGCAACGACUGGCUUCUUCGUCUGGCAGGCCAUGCUCGUCAGUAUCGAGGAUAUGCUCGGAAAGAACGAAGCUUUGCUUACAUGUGGAACUUCAAUUCCCCGACCUUUCCGAACGGCAUGUGUUGUCCUUUGUGGUAUUCCUUUGGCACACUGGUUCUUGGGAUUUUAUGUGCAAUCCAAGUUUUUCGUCGUCGGAGGAACUUCACUUCCUAUGAUACUGCCAGUCGCGGAUACCUCGGUAUAGCAACAGCCAGCAACCUACCCCGAAAAAUUGCAACUUGGAGGAAGGUCACCUUGCUAAUGCUUGCUAGGGACUUUCCUUACUUAUAGUUUAGCUAGUUAAUCGCUGCGAUGCUAGCUCCCGAUAUCCAUACAUCUUUCUCAAGAUCACUUUAUCACAAUCGCACAUGCUGUGAAUUGCUUCCGAUAGUAAAGUGACUUAUUAGUAAGUCAUAUGCACUGUACUUUCUGAUGGAACCUGCGCAAUAUGGUGCGCCUUACUGUCGACACUUGCGUGAAUCCGAAAACGAGGUUUCUGUCGGUAUGGACGCUUUGCUACUGAUCCAUAGCCCGGCCAUUACUUGAUUAAGGGAGAUCCAAGAUUCUGCGCUCUAUGAAUAACAAUACAUCCGGAGCUUUGGUGAAGCACUGGUGACAAUUUAGCUCACAAAAGUAAAAGGAGCACUAGAUGGAUUCCGCGUUUUCAAGUAGACUCCUUCCCUUCUUACUGAAAUCAAGACUCGACGACAGACAGCUCCUGCAACCGCCGGUACGCGUAUAAGGUGCACCACGCAUCCAAUGCUGCGUACUGUUUCUCUUCAAAAGUCAACUCGUCGAUGGAUUUCAACGGUGGUGCCUUCCCUUGCUCGAUUAGGGCGAAGCGACCGACUUUGGUAAAACGUCCCUGACCUUUGGGUUUGCGAAUAAGGACGUCAAGUUCUGGCAUAACCAUGGUCACGAUUCGUGACAGUCCACG